CACCCGCCCUGUGCUCCCGCAGCACCCACUGCCCACACCCUGCCGGGGUCUGGGGGGGACCCCCCAAGCCCCCCCGGGGGCCAUGGGCAUCCAGGGCAUGGAGCUGUGCGCCGUGGCCGUGGUCAUCCUCCUCUUCAUCGCCGUGCUCAAGCAGUUCGGCAUCCUGGAGCCCAUCUCCAUGGAAGACAACAGCGAUGCCGACGUGGAGCUCCCAACUAUCCGGCACCAACCCGAGGGGCUGGAGCAGCUCCUGGCCCGGACCAACUUCACCAAGAUUGAGCUGCAGUCCCUCUACCGUGGCUUCAAGAACGAAUGUCCCAGCGGCCUCGUGGACGAGGAAACCUUCACACUCAUCUACUCACGGUUCUUCCCCCAGGGCGGUGAGUCGGGGGGCCCCCAAACCUGCCAGGGGGGGUCUGGGGGGGCCCAUCCAGACAAACAGCCCCUGCCAAAGCGGGGGGAGUUACCAUCCCCUCGCCCUGCAGACGCCAGUUCCUACGCCCACCUCUUGUUCGACGCCUUCGACGCCGACCACAACGGGGCUCUGUGCUUCCAGGAUUUUGCCGUGGGGCUCUCGGUGCUGCUGCGGGGGACGGAGCAGCAGAAGCUGAAGUGGACGUUUGACCUCUACGACGUGAAUAAGGACGGCUACGUCACCAAGGAGGACAUGCUGGAGAUCAUGAAGUCCAUCUAUGCCAUGAUGGGGCCCUGCACCGAGCCCACCCUGCGGGCCAGCGCCCCGGCCCAGCACAUGGAGCUGUUCUUCCAGAAGAUGGACAGGAACGGGGACGGUGUGGUGACCUUCGAGGAGUUCCUGGAGACCUGCCAGGAGGACAAGGACAUCAUGAGCUCCAUGCAGAUCUUCCACAACGUGCUCUAGACCCUGGGCCCCCCCCGGAGACAGGAGGAGACAAGGACAACGCUGCCACCAGAGCCCCCAGCACAGCACUGGCACAUGCAAGAUGGACCCAUUUCAGGGGGCUGAGCCCCCCUUGACAAGGACCCCCUGCCCUGGGUGGCAUAGGGACCUGACAUGGCACAAACAGGACCCUGACACCAGGCCCCCCUGGGGUGGGGACCCCUGGGACACAGGAACCCCCUGAGAGGGGACUCCCUGGGAUGUGGGGACCCCUCAGGGACAGGAUCCCUUGGAGAUGGCACCCCCCAGGGAAGGGACCCCCCGGGACGUGGGGAGUUCCUAAGUGGGGGUCUCCAGGCAUGAAAUGGAGCCCCCAAACACCAACCAAAAGCACACAGACCCGCCUCCCCCCUCAUCACUCAGGGGACCCCCACGAGGCCACAGCCCCCCCCCCAGCACGUGGAGAGGGGGUUGUUUUAUAAAUAAACCAGGUAGUGACGA